UCCCUGACAUCUCCAGUUCGCUACCAGGCAGUUCUUGCCAUUGGACAUCUGAGCAAGCUCAAACCAUCUCUGACCAUGGAGGAAAACCGUGAGCUCCUUGGUCAGUGCUUCAAAAGUUUAUUUCCCCUUCCUCCCUUGGAGAAGAUGAAAGAGGAAGACGGGACAGCAAAGGAUGCUCUGCAUAUACAACAGAAGAUGACAGAGCUGGAUAAGCGGAACUGCUGCCUUCAAGAAAUCAGACAGACGGAGGAGAAGUACACAGAUACACUAGAAUCCAUCUACCAGCACUUUAUGAAGCCCCUGCAGAGAUUUCUAAAGCCCGAGGACAUGAAGAACAUUUUCAUCAACAUCGAGGACCUCGUGAAGGUGCAUCGAUUCUUCUUGGAUGACCUGAAGAACGUCCUGUCCUUCAGCAAUGCCCAGAACCUCUACCAGGUCUUUAUCAAGUACAAGGAAAGGUUCCUGCUCUAUGGCAGAUACUGCAGUCAGGUGGAAGCCGCCAUCCGGUGUCUGGACCAAGUGGCUGGUUCCAGCAUGGACGUGAGGAUGAAGCUGGAGGAAUGCUCCCAGCGAGCCAACAAUGGGCGCUUCACCCUGCGUGACCUGCUGAUGGUGCCCAUGCAACGGGUGCUGAAAUACCAUCAGCUCCUGCAGGAGCUGGUGAAACAUACGGUGGAGCCGUCAGAAAAGGAGAACUUGCGGCUGGCGCUGGAUGCCAUGCGGGACCUGGCACAGUGCGUGAACGAGAUCAAGAGAGACAAUGAGACCCUGAAAUGGAUCACCAACUUCCAGCUCUCCAUAGAGAAACUGUCACAGUCCCUGGCUCAGUACGGGAGACCGAAGAUUGACGGGGAGCUAAAGGUCAUCAGCUCUGAGAAACGCUCCAAGAUGGACAGGUAUGCCUUCCUCCUGGACCAAGCUCUGCUCAUUUGCAAGCGGAAAGGGGACUCCUACGAGAUGAGGGAUUUCAUCGACCUCCACACUUACCAGAUCCGGGACGACUCCUUGGGAGAAAAGGACAAUAAGAAGUGGACUUACAUGUUCCACUUGAUCUGUAAUUACGGGACCCAGGGCUACGAACUCUUCUUCAAGACACGAGAGCUGAAGAAGAAGUGGAUGGAACAGUUUGAAAUGUCCAUCUCCAAUAUCUACCCCGAAAACGCCAUGUCCAAUGGCCACGACUUCCACAUGCACUCCUUCGAGGAGACUGCGUCCUGCAAAUCCUGCCAGAUGCUGCUCAGGGGCACGUUCUACCAGGGCUAUCGCUGCAGCCGAUGCAAAGCCCCGGCUCACAAGGAGUGUCUGGGCCGGGUAUCCCCCUGCGGGAAGUUGAGCUCAGAUUAUGGGUCUACGCUGAAAAAGAAUAAAUCCAACCGACACACGCAGGAGAGAAAGAAGAACGACCUUGGGCUGCCCAAAAUGGAGGUCUGCCAGGAGUAUUACGGGCUGCCACCGCCACCUGUGGCAUUUGGCCCGUCGCUGCGACUCAGCAUGGGGGAGAUUGUGGAGCUGACCAAAGCCGAGGUGGAGCAGCUCUGGUGGGAGGGCAGAAACACAUCCACGAACGAGUUCGGCUGGUUCCCAUGCCAAAAAGUCAAACCGUAUGUGUGUAAUCCUCCCCCAGAUUUUUCUGCUUAUCUUUGGUACGCGGGACCUAUGGAGAGAGCAGAGGCGGAGCAAAUCCUCACGAACCGUUCAGACGGCACGUUCCUGGUGCAGCAGAGGGUCAAGGACGCGGCCGAGUUUGCCAUCAGCAUCAAGUUUAACGAAGAAAUCAAACACAUCAAGAUCCUGACGUCGGAGGGCCUGUACCGCAUCACGGAGAAGAAGGCGUUCAAAGGACUCAUAGAGCUAGUGGAGUUUUACCAGCAGAACUCCCUGAAAGACUGCUUCAAAACCCUCGACACCACGCUGCAGUUCCCAUUCAAGGCGCCUGAGCAGAGGGCCAUCUCCAGACCUCCCGGGUGUCUGGUCCUGGCACAGCUGUCUCUAGCGUGGGUCUGUCCCCUUGCAGCAGGAGGACUGAAGUAUUUUAGGUCGGCGAAGGCUCGCUACAAUUUCUGCGCGCGGGACCGGACGGAGCUGACGCUCAAGAAGGGCGACAUCAUAAAGAUCCUGAGCAAGAAAGGGCAGCAGGGCUGGUGGAAAGGGGAGAUCUACGGCCGCGUUGGCUGGUUCCCAGCGAAUUACGUGGAGGAAGAUUAUUCGGAAUAUUGCUGAGGUCUGGAGCCCUGUGUAAUUUUCCACCCCCCUGAGAUCAUGACCCACAGGAUUCCCGACCCUGCAUGGCACUCACACCGUGAGCUCACGCGGAGCCAGGCCCGGAAGGGGUCUCUGUAGCAGGAAGAAAUGUUGUGUUGGCGGAAGUGCGGCGGGGAGUAGCGCCCCGGGACUAUUAAUUUAUGAACUUUCAGAUCCCUCUUCUCUUUCCCUUCUCUCACGCAUGUAAAGGAAGUUUUGUGUUGAAUAAACUGAAUGGGUGGACGGGCUGGAGAUGUAGCGGCCGUCACCCUGCACCCAAGAGCCCUUUUCUCUCCAGUCCAUGGCAUGAUCCAGCUGCCCCAUCAGGCACAGGUGUUUGGAGCCCAGAGGGCUGCUGCCACGUGAAUGGGUAGGAGGCUGU